AUGACCAAGCUGGACAAAAAGCCAUGGAUACUAACACUGAACUGUCUAGCUUCAGAUCUGACAUUCUGGCUCUUCGUCAGCAGCUUCAUGACAUUGCAGAGAAAACUACCAGAAAUAAAGAUACACUGGAGAAGCUGCAAGAGUCUGGAAAUGUAUUGGAUGAUAGACAGAGCCAAAUGAGAAGUGCCUUAGAUAGUAACUCUAUCAUGAUCAUCAGUGUCAAUAAGACUCUUCAGGCAUAUACUGGCUAUAUCAACAAUCUUCAACAAGACACGAGUAAUAUCCAAACAAACUUGCAAAACCAAGUGCAUUCUCAUAAUGUGGUCAUCAUGAACCUGAACAACUUAAACCUGACACAAAUGCAGCAAAGAAAUCUUAUCAGUGUCCUGCAGAAGUCAAUGGAAGAUACAAGCUUGGCUAUUCUAAGAAUCAAGAAUGACUUUCAAAAUUUGCAGCAGGUUGUCCUUCAAGCCCGGAAGGACACCGACGGGCUUAAGGAGAGAGUACAAAAUUUACAGACUUUGGCUGCCAACAACUCAGCAUUGGCAAAAGCUAACAAUGAUACACUUGAAGACAUGAACAACCAGCUCAGCUCCUUCAGCGGGCAAAUGGAGAACAUCACCACAAUUGCCCAAGCCAAUGAACAAAAUCUAAAGGAUCUCCAGGAACAACAUAAAGAAUAUGAAAACAGAACUUCUGCCAAAUUUAACCAGCUAGAAGAGAGGUUCCAGGUCUUUGAGACUGAUAUAGUCAAUAUCAUUAGCAAUAUCAGCUACACUGCUCAUCAUCUACGAACACUGACUAGCAAUCUCAAUGAGGUCAGGACAACUUGUACAGACACCUUAAGUAAACAUUCAGAUGAGCUGAUUUUUAUGAACAGCACACUAGCCAAUAUUCGCUUAGACUCUGCAUCUCUCAAGGUGCAACAGGAUUUGAUGAGGUCAAGGUUAGAUGUUGAAGUUGCCAAUUUGUCAGUGAUUAUGGAAGAAAUGAAGCUGGUAGAUUCCAAACAUGGCCAGCUCAUCAAGAACUUCACUAUCUUACAAGGCCCUCCUGGUCCAAGGGGACCUAAAGGUGACAGAGGCCCUCAGGGUCCUCUUGGCCCCGCUGGCCUGAAAGGACAAAAAGGAGAGAAAGGAGAGCCCGGACCACCAGGACCUGCAGGUGAGAAGGGCCCACCUGGGCCAACUGGGCCACCAGGAGAAAAAGGAGGAAAAGGUUCAAGAGGAUCACCUGGCUCCAAAGGUCAGAGAGGUUCUCCUGGCAAGACGGGUCUGCCUGGACCAAGUGGAGACCCAGGGCCACCAGGUCCACAAGGCAAAGAUGGUCCACCUGGGCCACAAGGUCCACCAGGAUUUCAAGGGCUACAAGGAACUGUGGGCGAGCCAGGGGUACCAGGACCUCGAGGACUACCUGGGCUACCUGGAGUUCCUGGGCUGCCUGGUCCAAAGGGCCCACCUGGGCCACCAGGGCCACCAGGUCCAGGGAUGCCAAUGGCUCUACAAAGUGAACCUACAUCAGUGCCUGAGGCUAAUGGUUGUUCUCCCCAUUGGAAGAACUAUACAGAAAAGUGCUAUUACUUUUCAAUUGAAAGAGAAAUCUUCGAAGAGGCAAAGUUAUUCUGUGAAGAGAGGGCAUCACGCUUGGUUAUCAUAAACAACAAAGAGGAGCAGCAAUGGAUAAAAAGACAAAUCUUUGGAAAAGGCAGCUUCUGGAUUGGACUAACAGAUUCAGAGAAGGAAAAUGAAUGGAGAUGGCUGGAUGGAUCCUUACCAGUUUACACAAAUUGGAAAACUGGGCAACCUGAUAACUGGAGCCAUGGUCAUGGGCCAGGGGAAGAUUGUGCUGGGUUGAUCUAUGCUGGGCUCUGGAAUGACUUCUACUGUGAAGACGUUAACAAUUUCAUUUGUGAAAAAGACAUGGACAAAGGGCAAAUAUUUGGAGUGUAACAGGCUGUGACUUUACAGAUACCUACAUAUUAUGGAAAUUUACUUAAAGAAGAAGAAAAUCCCGGGAGAGAGCAACAUUGCCUACCAAA